ACCAACGAACCCACCAACGAACCCACCAACGAACCCACCAACCGUUUAAAGUAUUUGUCAGGGCCCAGACGGUCGAGAGCAAUGGGUCCCGAGAGACCGCCACCCCUAGAAUGAAGAAACGCCUCGACACCACCGCGACGACAACGAGGACCACCACCGGAGCAAGGAUCCCCACGACCAUUACGGUUCCCGAAACGGCGGGGCAGCGGGCGCACGGUGUUCCCCCGAACUCCCUUGCGGGGAACCUUGCGCACCGCCACGGCGCCACUUCCGAUCCGGUCCGGACCCCUCGCGGCGGACCGGACGGAGCCCCGCUCCACGGGGGGGAAGGGAACCUGCCGGGCCGGACCCCACCGUGGGCUCCCGGCCCGGUCGACCCCUGGAGCCCGGACCGGUUGUCCGCCUCGGGGGCCAGCCUGGCCAGCUUCUCGCUCGAGGGCGUCGCCAAUGACGGCGGAAACGGGAUUGGCGAUGGAAUUGGCAACGGCAACAGUGGCAACGGAAACAGUGGCAACGGAAACGGCGAAGGGAUGGAGCCCCACCGCGGGCACGGGCAGGAACCACCACGCACGGAAACCACCGCCGCUGCCGCCGGCAACACGGGAGCUCUUCCGGGGAGGGUGGGAAGCCAGAACCUCGUCCCCUCCGGAUCCGUGGCGCUGCCGCUCCGGCCCGAACCCAUCCCCCCGCAGCGACACGGGUUGGCGGCCCGCGACGAGGUCAUCGAGCUGCUGGACGACGACGACGACGGGGAGAACGCGGGGAACGGGCACGCCGUUGCGGCGGGGACGGAGAGGACGACCGGGUUCAAGCGCCCGCGGCCGAACGGGCACGGGGGCCACGGGCCUCCCCACCACCACCACUACAGCAGCGGGAAUGGCGCCGGCCCACACCACCCGUACGCGGCCUUCCAGCGCGGCCUCCCGGAGCGCCCGAGGGUGUCCGAGCCCCUCUUUGUGGUCCCGCCCCCGAGACACUCGCCGACCUGGGAGUUCCCCCUGCCCUCGCUCCCCGUCCAGCCGACCCAGUCGCACUCGCAGCACAAGCACUUUGAGCUCUCCCUGCUCAACGUCUCCGAGUUUACCAUCACCGGCCUCCCCCUGUCCCUCGACGGGAGGCCCUCGUCCGUUCUGGGCUUUCGAAAGAUCAUCAAGGAGGUCUCCCGGGGCCACGGCAAGUGCGUCUUUGAGCGGGACCACAGGGCCGACCGGCCGCCGAGCGGGGGCGGAAGGAGCCCCCCGAGCGAGGGCGAGCAGGGUGCCCUCGGGGACCCCCAGAACAACCCCGACGGAGGAAAAUGGAGGAUUCCACUGGUAGGUUUUGGGUGUGGUUUGGAUUUGGAUUUGGAUUUGGAUUUGGAUUUGGAUUUGGAUCCGAAGGAAUCCAUCGAUCGAGAAUCCAUGCACGCAUGCGUCGCGAUGCGAUGCGAUGCGUGGCGUGGUGUGGUUUGGUUUGGUGGCCCGUUUGUGUGUUUGUGCUUGUGUGUUUGUGCCCGCAUUCUUGCCGAGGACAGACAUGCACUCACACAAACGCACAACCGUGAACGGUGCGAUGCACCAGAGGGACCCGGCGUUUUGAAUUCUUGUCUCUCACACGGCGUCUGCUUUGUGUUGUGCCUGCAAAAUCAAACCGAACCGGAUCGACACACGCUCGCGGGUUGGUUCUUGCAGGGUGCCUAUCGCGCGUUUUACUCCUACCUCAGGAACGACGGCAUGUGCCGGGUGGUGGGCAUCCCGGAGGACCAGCUGAAGAUCGCCUCGCUGGGGAAGGCGAGGCUCGACAAGGGCUACCCGUCGGCGCAGAAGGUCAUCUCCUACGGGGUCCCGAGGGGCCUCGCCACGGCCCUGGCGCCCUUUCAGCGCGGGGGGGUGGAAUUCGUGGUCGAGAAGGAGGGGAGGGCGCUGAUUGCGGACGGUGCGUGCUGUGUCGCCUUGCCUUGCGUUUCGGUUUGCUGUGCUGUCCUGUCUGGGUUGUGCUGUGCUGUGCUGUGUGGAUCGAUGCGUAUUGUGUCGUGCCGUGCUGUUUGGUUUGCCUUGCUUCCCCUGCAGGGCCGGGAUGGUUUGCUCUAGUGCACCAACACGGUUUGCUGACGACGGCGCGUUGGUGUUUCUCCUUACAUUCUCAGAUAUGGGCCUGGGGAAAACGAUCCAGUCGAUUGCAAGCAUGAGCGUCUACCACGACGAGUGGCCGCUCCUCAUUCUGACGCCGUCCACCGCAAGGUACCACUGGGCCGCCGAGUUUAUGAAUUGGCUGGGGUCGGAGAGCUCCGUCAACCAAGGGCGGGCUGCGGGUGCGGGCAACGGGGGCACUGCGGAUCCCGACAACGACAAAGCCGAAGGCGAAGAUUGCGCCAUAACGCACCCGCCCAGGGCACCGAUGCGGCUGCUCAAGGAAUCCGAGAUCCACGUCCUGGUGGCGGGAAAGGAGAAGGUCUUUCCGACCAGCGACGUGAGGAUAGUGAUAUGCUCGUACGGCCUGGCAACCUCUCUCAUCGAGUCGAAAAAAAUAUUUCCGGGGCUGUUCAAGUGCGCCAUCGUCGACGAAAGGUAAGCACCGGUCUCGCGCAGACGAAGCGGAGUGGCAGAGCGGAGCGUUUGCGCUCAAUUCGAUUCGAUUCGACUGUUCGGCUGACACUCGGGAGCUUUUUGUUUCUGAUCUUUCCCGCCCAGCCACAUGCUCAAAAACAUUAAAACAAAGAGAACCAAAAUGUUGAUACCCAUCCUCCACGCUACCAACAGGUGCGUUCUGCUCUCUGGAACGCCCGCCCUGGCCCGACCAACCGAGCUGUGGCCCCAGCUCAAGAUCCUCAGCACGGAACGCGACGGCUGGUGGGACGACGAGGACGAUUUUGUGAGAAAAUACGUCCAGACAAGCUCCGCCAUACGCCGUGCCGAGCUGCACACCAUGCUGACCGGAACGGUGAUGAUCCGGCGGCUGAAGCACGAGAUUCUCAAGUCUCUGCCUAACAAGCAACGAGAAAGGGCGAUCGUCGACGUCUUGACCCCUCCCAUGCGGGAGGAUUUUCGCCGAUACAUGGAACUCCUGAGACAGGGCAAGGGUGUCAUGGCAAAAAUCGCAAAGAAACGGAACAAACAAAACCCAAAUACAAAUCAUCCAGAUCCAAACCCAAGCAAUCAGAUCGAAGCAAAGAGGGAAAAAAUCGCAUUGCUCAAUAUUGAGUACAACGAAAUAUAUAGAAAGAAGCUGCAAGACAUAGAAGCCGUGGUUCGAACCGUGCGUAUGACCGACGAAGAGAAACAGCACCUGAUGGGCAAAUACGAAACCGAGGUAAAGAACGAAGUGGAUGCCUGGUACACGGAACGCGCCAACGAAAUCCGUGACGCACAACCGGCCGAAGCCGAGAACAAGAAUCUGGACAGAAAGUCGAUUCUCAACAAAAUGUACGCCAUGACGGCGGAAGCCAAAACCCCGUUGAUUGCCGAAAUGGUCGGCAAGUGGCUGGACGAUCCAACCAAGGGAAAGCUGUGCGUCUUUGCCCACCACAUCAAAGUCCUCGACGAAAUCAUCAACCGUGUGGGCCUUUCCAACAAAUCGGGGAGCAAAAAGCGCUUCAUCCGGAUCGAUGGUUCUACCUCCCCGAAAGAACGCCAGUCCCAGAUUGUAGCUUUUCAAAACGAUCCGGAAGUCCGGAUCGCCGUUCUAGGAAUAACCGCAGCGGGAGUGGCCGUCACACUAACCGCAUCGUCGACGGUCUGGUUUGCAGAACUCUUCUGGACUCCGGCAUUGAUGAUUCAGGCAGAAGGUACGUCGAUAGAAUCAUAAACGCGGAACGCUCUUACGACGAAUAUAACUCACUGGUGUCUUGUUCGACUUGCAAAAGAUCGCUGCCAUCGCAUCGGUCAGAAUGCCACGGUCAGGUGUUUGUACUUUGUUGCGUCCGGGACUCUGGAUGUAUUAUUGUGGGAUUUGCUAGAGAAAAAAUUCCAGGAUCUUGGGGAGUUUGUCGAAGGAAGAGAGAAGAUGAAAAUUGUAGUCAAGAAAACUUAUGGAUCAAUCGAAGAAUUUCGGUCGAUUUUUGAUAGGGCCAGUGACGAUGAUCUCGACGACGUGAAGUUGGGAGAAAACGAAAAUCUCACAAAUUCAGAGGACCUGAGCAAGCUCGAAAACGAUCUGCGAAACGACAUUGUACAACUUGCGGAAGAAGAGAUGAGGCUGGUGUCUCACGGAGAGGACGAAGAAGGCACCGACACGAAGAUCGGGGGAAACGCAUUGCAAAAGAAAAGCGCUCCCGCAGCCAAGUCGGGUCUUGGACAGACCGAGGACGAGGCCAUAUGCCUAUCCGACGACGAAGACGAAAAUCCACCGCAAAACCAAGAUGCGAGUGCCGCUGUUCCGUCCGAGCAAGCCCAACCUAACGAAAACGGUUUCCAGUAUUCAAGGAUGAGACCGUUGAAAAAAUGCCGCAUUUACAAACAAUAUUUUGAGGGGUCUACCUUUGGGAUACAGCUCUUGUACGUCGAUCAUCGUCUAACGAUCGCCAGGAACAAUGUUGGAAAGAUAAAACCUUCCGUCGGAGAUGUUCUGGUCGCCGUCAAUGGCAACAGACUGCCUUUUGGUUGUCGGCUAGACCAGGUCUGUAGAUACAUGAAGGCACAAUUAAACCAUGGCGCGGUAGAGCUCACAUUUAUAGAGGACGAACCAUUCGUGAAAUAUCGCAUGUCUGACAUCAUAAAGGCACGCGAUUUGAUCUGCAACCCAAAAGAAUUCCACAACAAGAAACCGGAGGACGACGUCAUUGAACUUGUUGACGACGACUAAGCAAGGCAAUUGGUACGGGCCGUGACGAUCGGGGAGGGUUACGAGUGAAAGAAUUUUCAUCCUUCGUAUGUUGAUUCUUGUAGUCAUAGCAACGCAGCGGAUAACUUUAAGGAAUUUCGA